AGGGCCCUGGCACAGUGACAUUUGCAAGGAGCACCUUCAGCAAGUGCUGGGGGCUGGGACUGUGUGCAGAAAACGCCCUGGAGGUCUCUGCAGCCAAGCAAAAGGAACAAAGUUUCAGUUGUGGCUUCAUCCGGGAGCACCAAAAUCGAUUGUUUUCUAUUGCCGGGUGUUGUAGGAGCCCCAGAGGAGAGCCCAGGGGUCCAAGGAAUGGAGAGCGGGGACUGUGCAGGAGCCGGAGCAGCGAGAGAGGCCGGGCUGAAGGAUUUCUCAUUCCCAAACUUUGGCUGGAUGGAGGAGGAGGCUGUAAGGAAGAGGAAGAUGCCCCGGGACACCCAGGCAGACAAGGAGGUGAGGAUGGAGACCAGGGAGGACAAAUCCCCACAGAAGAACCUCGAGGAAGAGGCAGAUUGGAGCGGCUCCAUGGGGCAGGAAUCCAACAGGGAGGAAAAGCUCCAGAGAUGGCACAGGAAGAGGGGCACCAAACCCAGCCCAGGGUGCUCUGAGGUGAAAGGCUGCACCCUGAGCCAGGAAGGUGGACAGAGCUUCAGCCAGGGAUUGGAGCUGGUGACCCAUGAGCAGCUUCAUGACGGGGAGAAGCCCUACAAGUGUUUGGAGUGUGGGAAGAGCUUCAGGCAGAGCAACACCCUGAUGAGCCACCAGAUGAUCCACACUGGGGAAUGGGCCUGUGAGUGUGGGGAAUGUGGGAAGGGCUUCAAGCGCAACUCCCACCUCAUCACCCACCAGCGAAUCCACACUGGGGAGAGGCCCUACGAGUGUUCCCAGUGUGGGAAGAGCUUCACCCAGAGCUGUAACUUGAACAGACACCACCAGAGGCACAGUUAAGGGAAGCCCUAUAAAUGCCCCAACUGCAGAAGGAGCUUCAUGCACUGCCCUAACUUCGUCCCCCCACUGGAGAGCCCACAUUGGGAAGAGCCCUGGUGAUCCAUGGUCCCUGUGAUCCAUGCUGGGAAGACACCUAUAGCUUUUCCUGGUUCUGUCAAUGAUAUGAUGUGAGGUUGAAGAACAUGACGGUGUGGCCAUGGCCAUGAUGUUACAUUCAGUCCCACCUUAGGUUAUUGCCAGGGGCAGGCAAGGGACUCUCUCUCUCGCAAAGAGGAGGGUGUCCUUUCCAGGCAGGAGGAAAUAUGUGGCCAGGAAGAGACGGUUGUUGAUGUUGUAGUUUUCCCUGUAAAUAGUUUUUGUUUUCCCUUCUGUUACCAGUAUUGUUUCUCUUCCUGUUUGUUGUUUAUCUCGUUGCUGUUCCCAUUAAAUUGUUCUUAUCCCAGCCCAGGA